AAAGGUUGGAAGUACGUGUGGCAGGGCUAGGCAAAUUGAAAGUGAACAAUCAUGAAUCAUCACAGACAGAAAGAAGCUCGCUUAAACGUUAGUCCUUAUUCAUUCUUCUAUUAGCUGACAACCGUCCAUGAAAAAGUUCUGCAUGAUUCAGAUAUAUCCAUCAUCAUAACUCCUCUCUCGGCUGAAUUAAUCGAUAAGCCAGCAAGAUAACAAUCAAUAAUUAUAACGUUAGAUACAUUCCACUUUUGUUGAAAGAUGGCUGAUGCAGAUUUCGGGUUUGCAUCUGACAACGGAGUGCUGCCUGUCGAGGUGGACCCAGCUGCAGCUUUCUUAGCUCAGCAAGAAAGCGAAAUAGCGGUGAUCGAGGAUAACGAGGCCGGCGUCGGGGCUUUGCAGGGAUCCGCUGAGCAGCAGCCGGCGGCCGAUUCACCUGUACAAUAUGAUGCAGGGUUUGCAGAGGCAUCAACAGCCACGGUAAACGGAGACAUGUUUGAGCUGGAGUCCAACGGUCCAUCGGACAGCUAUGCGGCCAUCGCCCAGGUGGACUCUCUGAGAGCAGAGCCUGAGAGCCUGCGUAAGUGGAGGGAGGAGCAGAAGGCACGGCUGGAGCAACUAGACUCUGCGUCCAAGGCAGCGGAGGCUGAGUGGAAAGAGAAGGCCAAGAAAGAGCUGGAGGACUGGCAUGUGCAUCAGAUUGAACAGAUGGAGAAGAAAAAGUCCAACAACAGGCUUGCUGAUGAGACUUUCUACCAUCAGCCCAACUCUCAAGUGAUAAACUUCGUGGCAUCUGAAGAGGCCUUCCUGUCUGAGGCUGACGGCGACAGCCCAGGGACGGAGUGGGAGAGAGUGGCCUGUCUCUGUGACUUCAACCCCAAGACCAACAGGACGGCCAAGGACGUGUCCCGGAUGCGCUCGGUCCUCAUAGCCCUCAAACAGACACCUCUGGUGCGCUAGUACGGCCAAUAGAACAGAAGGGUGGUGAUAUUUCCCUCCUUUAAAAAAAAUAUAUUAAACGCCUACUCUUGAGUUAUGAACCUUGGUUUGCAUUAAGGCAGAAUGUUCUAGGCUCUUUUCAUAUCUACUCUUGGUUCAGGGUUCCUUAUAUGUUCAGACCCUCCUGUUUUCUGUCAUGUCUGUAACAUGUGGAGAGGAAAGGUAUUGUCUCUCCCGCCAUCUUUCCUUAUUCUGAUGUAAUGUAUCCAGUGGAUGUGAUAUACCUCUCACUACCUUAACAUGGAACGACUGACUGCUCUCUUGUCUUUUUAACUUCCCAUCAACAAUGCUUCUAUUUGACCGUUAACAAAAUAUGGUUACUGUAAAUUCUUUAUUAAACUUCUUUCCUCUCAUAAAAGGGAGUGGGGGGGGGGUGCAUUGGGUCAAACCUCUUAUCUUUUAAGUGUGAUUCCUCUCCCCAAUAUUUAGGGUGUGAAGUGUUCUUUUAAUUAAAUAACAGAUUAGGUUCAUCUCCACUGUAAUUUGUAUUUGAUUUAAUGUGUCGGGUGUAAUGUAGCCAGUCCUGUUCAGGUACUACAUUAGGAAUAGGUUUUAAACCACAUAUGGCAGUUUUUAUUUUUUAUUUUUUUAGUUAAGAAUUGAUUCACGGACCUAUUAAUUUACUGUAGUAUAAUAUUUAACGGUACCUAGUAAUUUGUCCUGCCAUUUUAGAUGCUAUGAGCUUGUUGGUCUUGCUGGACUUUUAACUCCUGUCGUUGUUUGUACUUUUGGCAAAAAAAAUGUGUUUCCUUCCCA